AACACACAGAUUUUACGAAACUAAAAAAAGCUGAUUGUUAUUUCACCGCUUGUCUUGUACAUAUAAACAGUGAUUUUUUGGGGGGCGGGGACAACUUCAAGUUUUCACAGAUUGUCCUGCUCCACAGCAAUCCAAUAUUUAGAUUCAGCCAUCUGGAAUCCUACACUGACACGAACACCAAAGUCGACACAGCAAAGAUGAACCUUGAGGAGUACUUCCAAAGAAUCGGUUUCAGGGGCCCGCACGACAAAGCUGACCUCGCUACACUAAAGCAAAUCCACUGGCAUCACAUCAUGUCUGUCUGCUUUGAGAACUUCGACAUGCACUGCGGUGGAAAGAUCAUCAUGGACCUCGAAGUCAUUUUCAACAAGAUAGUUCAUCAGGGCCGUGGCGGCUGGUGCAUGGAGAACAACUUUCUGCUGUACUGGGUGCUAAGAGAAAUGGGCUACGAUGUCACUGUGUUAGGUGCUAGGGUGUUCAACAGCAGCUUAGGUGACUUUUCCCCUAUAGUAGGCCACUUCAUUAACAAAGUAGUGAUCGAUGGGAAAUCCUACAUUGAAGAUGUCAGUUUCGGGGUGUCGUCCCAAAUGUGGGAGCCACUGGAACUCGUCUCCGGAGUGGAGCAAGUCCAGCCGCCCGGUAGUUUCCGUCUCAUGGAUAAAGGAGACUUCUGGAUUCUAGAGAAGACUGACAGGAAACCGGAGAUUCUCAAUCCAGAUUUUGCCAAUUCAAACCUGGUGAAAAGACAGCUGAACAGGGCCAUAUACAGCUUCACCCUGACACCCCGCAACGUGGAAGAGUUCAUCGAAGCUAACGACUACUUCCAGACAAAUCCCACAUCACUGUUCGUCAACAAGUCCAUGUGUUCCAUUCAAUUGCCCACAGGCUUCAGGGCCUUGAUUGGCUGGACCUACAGUGAGGUCACCUUCCAGGCCGACCGGGGCGUGGAUGUCUAUGAUAUGAAGAAUGUGCCCGAUGAGGAGAUAGAAACCCUUCUCAGAGAUAAGUUUAAGAUCCAUUUGCCUAAAAAACUCAAGCCCGUGAACAAUAAGUAUGAUUACACACUCUAAACAUUGGUUCUCCAAUUGGGGUUUAGAGGAGUCUUGGUGGUCCAUGAGUCUUACUUUGGGUUUCGAAAAAUUAACUUGAAAUAGAUCAUGUCGCAAACUGUGAAAUACGAUAUAGUGGUUUGAUUAAUGUGUCAUAAUUCAAAUUUUAAUCGGUUUUGAUAGUGGUGAAUUAACAACUUUGGCAGUCAAACAUCCUGACUACUGAGUUGAUGAAUAUCGGUUGGAGCGGGUGCUGUGUGCGUUAAAGGUUACGAAACCUCACUGCCUGAGAACUUACAAAAGUGUGCAGGGAACUGAAGCUUGACUGGGCUAUUGGCUCAGUAGUUGGCACGCUCGACUGCCACAGUUGUAGAUUUGAGAGGAAGAUUCUUAUAGUUUUCCAACUCAUUUAACUGUAUUAUUCUGGCACGCACAGCUGCUAGUAUUUUUGUUGAAAUUUCAUCAUUUUUCCUUAACUGUUUUAAUUUAACUGUGUGCUCAAGACUGCACUAUUCGAGGCCAAGACUUGCUUAAGAGCCGGACUCGGUGAGACUAAGACAGAACAAUUUUUGUGAGUCAAGACUGAGACAAAACCAAAACUUUUAAAAUGUGGUCUUGCUAAAAGACGUUGCCAAAGCUUAAUAUGAUUGUGUAAUUAUGUAGCAUACAACAUUACCUACUAGAUUACAAGGUGCCAUUACUUAAAUUAAUCAAUGUUUUAAUGUGCAAUUUGCAACAUGUUAUAGACUUAUUUGAUACAUUUUUAUCAGUUUCAGAUUCUGAAACUAAAUGUAUCAAUUUGGGGCAAUUAAGGCUAUACAUGGGUAAACACUUUGCUAGACUGGUUUGAUUUUCAUCUGCAGUGAGUGACUUAAAGGGAAACACAACACCUCGAUAAAUGAACUUCAUGUAAAAGACAGUUGCUCAAAGUAUUUAAGUAAGUAAAUAGAAAACUUAUUAGACAUCUGCUCUAAUAAUGGAGAAAAUAUUGUUUAAACAUAAAAAAAUGAUUGUGAUUAGAAGCGCAAAAUUCUGUAUUUUAUCAAUGUAAUAAACACGAUUAUUUUCACUAGCACACAUGAUAAAGGUGGUGUCUUUCAUUUAAUUAGUAGUAAACUAAUAUAUAAUGUAAUUGCUAAAGUCUCAGCUCUUUUCAGAUUUCACAUUUCAGAACACAUCUAUUAUUUGUCUCAUCAAACAUAUGCAACUACAGUCUGCCAAAAGUGACUGCGUGCCUUUCUGUAAAGCUGAGUCAUCACUAUUCAUCACACAACUUACAAUGCACUUUUGCAGCUUUGGUAGCCAAGCUGUAUGUUUUUCUGAUUGUGACGGAAAACAAAGAUAUUGAAAAGGAAAAUAUAUGAAUUUGAGUGUUUCACUUUUCAAAAGUUGGUUGAACUCUCCAAGAAAAUUUAAAAGUAGAUAAAUUUGUUGCCAUGUGUAGAAACCAAAGUAAGUACUAUGACUGAAAAAACAGACAGACAGCAAUGUGUGGGACAGUUAAUUUUUUAAAAUCAACCAAACAGGUUUUGCUGUAGAAAGCUGUCAAAGGUUUGUGUGUUUCAAACUUGAUUUUUGGAUAAUUACGUACUUUAGUUUGAAUUAAAUUUCAAUGUCAAAGUUCCUAAUGGAGAAAGAGUUUUCCACGCAUAUAUGUGCGCCAAAACGGUAUGAAAACUGUAUUUUUGAUUGGAAAUGGUAUUUUUGAAUAAAAUUGAUUGAUUCUU